AUGCCAGAACCCCAGCGUCCGGGCCCGUUGCAGGACCUCUCCAAUUACAAUCAGGCUGCCAACCCACCAGACGCCUCCGAGGCGAAUCCGCGUCUGGACCCUCAGCUCUUAAACGAGAACUCGAUGCAUGACGACUUCGACGGCCACGUCCUCUUGACUCCGCCGCCCCAGCCUGACUACACGAAUCCUCUUGAUAAGAUGACGGUGACAACAUCCCCAGUCACAAUAUCAGGUGUGCCCCAGCAGGCGCAUGACGAAAGUGGUUCGGGGGCGUGGGAACGUGACGGCCGUCACGAAGAUCCAUCUUCUACCGCCGCUAUCCAGGAACCAGUGUCGCUGCUCAAUGGUCUGCAUAUCCGCACCGAUGUUGGCCCAAUGCGCCGCCUGAAUUCAGAUCAGUCCAUCAGUUCCGAAUACCGGCUGCGCUCGAGCGCCUCGGCUGCAAGUCUGCCACGUCGCGCUCCUAGUGUGAGGGCGGCACUUCAUUCAACUGCUGGAUCGCUGUCUCCUGGGUCGGUCAUAUCUUCCCCGCAGAUUGCAGCUAUGCUGGACAUUACUCCUCUGCCAUCCCCGACCAUGAGUGCCUUUGAGACUUGGAAGCACGUUUCUAGGACGAGAUCGCGGAAUUCUUCGAUUUCCUCCAGAUCUGAUCUUCCCCCCUCACUUUUCCCGCCCCUGUCUUCACCUCCAACAUCUCCGCGAAAGAAGCAGUAUUCAGGCUUGACGCAGGGUUCUGCACGGUCAUCAUUGGAUGAGACAGAAAGGAACCGAAGUAUUAGUGACUACAUCCCGGACACUUUGGCCAUUCCAAAGCCUCGAAACAUUGCGGUGUCCGGCUCCGGUCCCAUCGAGGAUCCUGUCACAGCACAAUCAGCCCUCCAGCGGGAGGAGUACCUCGGCGAGACCAGAGGCAUAGUCACGCCCGUCGCCGAAGCCGGACAGCUUCCAAUUAGGAAUGAUGCCACUCACGAAGAAGAGCCGGCGCCCAAGCGACAGAAGCGAGAGAUUUUCAAAGCCACCAGUAUCCACAACGGUCAACCACGGAUGUACGAAGGUCUCCGGGAGUUGGGCAAGGGCACUUUCAGCAAAGUCUAUCUGGCAGUACGCAAAGUGCAUGACCGCAAAGACACUCUUGACUACAACCAGGACAGCGUCAACAUGGCCGGCGUCCGAGCACGUUCACGACGACUGGUAGCUAUCAAAGUGGUCGAACACGGUCCAGCCGGUGGCGCCGAUGCCGAACGAAUCGAGACUUCGUUGAAAAGGGAAGUGGAACUACUCAAAGCGGUACAACAUCCGUGUCUCGUCCAUCUCAAGGCGUUUGGAACGGAUGGCGCCCAGCGCGCAUUGCUUGUGAUGAAUUACUGCCCGGGAGGUGAUCUAUUCGACGUGGCGAGCACCAAGCUUGAAGUGCUGACUCCGUCGUUGGUGAGAAGAAUCUUCGCUGAGUUGGUCUCGGCCACUCGGUAUCUCCACCAGAAAUUUAUUGUUCACCGUGACAUCAAGCUUGAGAAUGUGCUUCUGAACAUUCCUAUUCAAGUGCACCCUGAUGUGCCAGACUGGCAAACACUGGAUCGGGCUGUCAUUACGUUGACUGAUUUAGGACUGUCGAGACGCAUCCCAGAGCCACCCGAGAGCCCCUUGCUCACGACUCGGUGUGGUAGCGAGGACUACGCGGCGCCGGAGAUCCUGAUGGGCCAGCCGUACGAUGGGCGCCAAACAGAUGCGUGGGCGUUGGGGGUUCUCCUGUACGCAUUGAUGGAAGGCAGACUUCCUUUUGACCCUCUCCCAGGUGCGCGAGGCGACCCAGCCACUCUACGAUCACGUACGCCUCACCGUGUCGCUCGGUGCGAAUGGGCAUGGGUCCGCUACGGAGACGAAGACGGCGAUUGGGAUCCGGUCAAGGGGAAGGAGCUCGAGGGUGGCUAUAAAUGCGUUGACGGUCUGCUCAGGCGCAGCGCUCGACGUAAGCCUCUAGAAGAGAUACGGCAGAUGCCAUGGGUCACGGAGGGUGUCCGGAUCGAUGGUGGGUUGAGAUGGGUCGAGGAGGAGGCCAUGUAA